AUGUACUUAUUAAUUGACAUGGAAAAAAUUGACAUCCAAGUGUUAGUUACCAUUUCAUACAUAAACACCACCGGAGAACAAACACAUUUGUGCAGGGCUAAUUUUCCCGUUGGCUGGGGUUUUAAAGUUAAAGUUUUUGACCAAAACGAAGCAGUUUUAUUCGAAGUUCACAUCUCCUAUCAAUCAGACCAACUUGCAAACGUCGAAAAUAAUAACUAUUAUAUUACGAUAGCGCCUUUACUGGAAGAGGGUAGCUUUAGAGCGGCCAUACAGAUAGUCGGCCCGACUCCACAUUCCGCGUUUGUUUCGCCGAGAAAUUAUGGGCAAGACUUAUUGAUUAGACUUUUGGAUGAUCAAGAAAGAGAAGAAGCAGGAGUAGAAGAAGAAAUAGAAGAAGAAAGAGAAGAAGAAGAAGAAGAAUUUAAUGUUUUCCCAACCCCUCCGCCAACCCCUCCUCUCUAA